CAGCGACUGCGCAUGCGCGGCAGUGUUAGCACACUAAGCUAACUGCGAGUUUAUCCGGCGCUGGCUAACAACCUUUGAGCCAGUAUAACUCAAAAUAUGACUCCUUGAAAGUGAACUGGAAGGUAUACAAUAAAUCGAAUAACUGACAACGUAUCGGACAUAGAUGCUGAGGACAGACGUCCAGGAUGUAUGCUGUGUACAGACAAGCCCACACCCCCACUGCUGUGGAGUUUUCUGUCUACUGCAACUUUAUAUCCAGCAAGGAGAAAAAUCUAGUCGUUGCCGGAACGUCUCAACUCUACGUUUACAGGAUCGUCCAUGAUGUGGAGACUACGUCAAAGACUGAAAAGUCAUCCGAUGCCAAAACUCGUAAAGAGAAGCUGGAGCAGGUGGCGUCCUUUUCUCUCUUUGGCAAUGUGAUGUCAAUGGCCAGUGUGCAGCUUAUAGGAGCCAACAGAGAUGCACUACUUUUAAGUUUCAAGGAUGCCAAGCUGUCUGUAGUUGAGUAUGAUCCUGGGACACACGACCUCAAGACCUUGUCUCUGCAUUACUUUGAGGAGCCAGAGCUCAGAGAUGGCUUUGUGCAAAAUGUCCACAUUCCGAUUGUCCGUGUCGAUCCAGAGAACCGCUGUGCUGUGAUGCUUGUUUAUGGCACUAAGCUUGUGGUGCUGCCAUUCCGAAAGGACACGCUGACUGAUGAGCAGGAAAGCGGAGUGGGAGAAGGACCUAAAUCCAGCUUCCUACCCAGUUACAUCAUCGAUGUUCGUGAGUUGGAUGAGAAGCUGUUGAACAUCAUCGACAUGAAGUUCCUUCAUGGUUACUACGAGCCCACGUUGCUCAUUUUGUUUGAGCCCAACCAGACGUGGCCUGGUCGCGUGGCUGUUCGUCAGGACACCUGCAGCAUCGUCGCCAUCUCCCUCAACAUCAUGCAGAAGGUUCAUCCUGUCAUCUGGUCCCUCAGUAAUCUGCCUUUCGACUGCACACAGGUCAUGCCUGUCCCCAAACCCAUCGGUGGCGUGGUGGUGUUUGCUGUGAACUCCCUGCUGUAUCUGAACCAAAGUGUUCCACCGUACGGAGUUUCUCUAAACUCAAUGACAAACGGGACCACGUCCUUCCCUCUGCGUGUCCAGGAUGAGGUGAAGAUCACACUGGAUUGUUGUCAGUCUGACUUCAUUGCUUAUGAUAAGAUGGUCAUCUCACUGAAAGGAGGAGAAAUUUACGUCUUGACCCUCAUAACUGAUGGCAUGAGGAGCGUGAGGGCUUUUCACUUUGACAAAGCUGCAGCCAGCGUCCUUACUACCUGCAUGGUGACCAUGGAGCCUGGCUUCCUGUUCCUUGGUUCCCGCCUCGGGAACUCUCUGCUCCUGAAGUACACAGAGAAACUGCAGGAGACUUCGACCGAGGAGAGCAAAGAAAAGCAGGAAAAAGAGGAGUCCGACAAGCAGGAGGAACCCCCCAACAAGAAAAAACGUGUUGAAUCUUCCACCAACUGGACCGAUGAGGUGGAUGAGAUCGAGGUGUAUGGUAGCGAGGCCCAGUCGGGCACUCAGUUGGCCACCUACUCAUUUGAGGUGUGUGACAGCAUCCUCAACAUUGGACCGUGUUCAAACGCCUCCAUGGGUGAGCCUGCUUUCCUGUCCGAAGAGUUUCAGAACAACCCCGAACCUGACCUGGAGGUUGUGGUGUGCUCUGGUUACGGCAAAAACGGCGCACUGGCCGUCCUCCAGAGAAGCAUUCGGCCUCAAGUAGUGACUACAUUUGAGCUGCCAGGUUGCCACGACAUGUGGACUGUCGUCUCCAGGGAGGUCAAGAAAGAUAAAAAGCAAACUUCAAAAAGCGAUGAGUCAGAGGACGGAGCAAAGAAUGAGACCGAGGAUGAGGAGGCGGGGGAGGAGGGAGAGAAGGAGAAGGAGAAGGAGAAGGAGGGAGCAGAGAAAGAAGAGGAGAAGACAGAAUCUCCCCUGGAAGAUGACGCAAAGAAGCACGGCUUUCUCAUCCUGAGCAGAGAAGAUUCAACCAUGAUCCUUCAGACGGGUCAGGAGAUCAUGGAGCUGGACACCAGUGGGUUCGCCACUCAGGGGCCCACUGUGUUUGCCGGAAACAUUGGCGACAACCAGUACAUCAUCCAGGUCUCACCCAUGGGACUCCGGCUUUUAGAAGGAGUGAAACAGCUUCACUUCAUCCCCAUGGAUCUGGGCUCUCCCAUAGUGCAUUGCUCCGUGGCAGACCCUUACGUGAUUAUCAUGACUGCUGAAGGAGUGGUCACGAUGUUCGUGCUGAAGAGCGACUCGUACAUGGGGAAAACACACCGACUGUCUCUGCAAAAACCCCAGAUUUCCACACAAUCACGUGUGAUCGCGCUGUGUGCGUACCGAGACGUAAGCGGAAUGUUCACGACAGAAAACAAAGUGAGCUGCUCCGGCAAAGACGACGCCAUCGGCAGGAGUCAGUCAGAGGCGGAGACGGUCUACCAGGAGAUCAGCAACACUGUUGACGAUGAGGAGGAAAUGCUGUACGGAGACUCCAGCGUCAGCACUACGUCUACAAAAGAGGAAGCCUCCCGCAGCUCUGCGGCGCCAGCUGCCACUGCGAGUGAGGGAGGCCCGGGCAAAGCAGAACCCUCCCACUGGUGUGUGAUUAUCAGGGAGAAUGGAGUGAUGGAGAUUUAUCAGCUGUCUGAGUGGCGACUGGUCUUCCUGGUGAAAAACUUUCCUGUAGGACAGCGAGUUCUGGUGGACAGUUCUUCUGGCCAAUCAGCAACUCAAGGAGACGGGAAGAAAGAAGAAAUCACCCGACAAGGAGAGUUUCCUUUAAUCAAAGAGGUAGCUUUGGUUUCUCUGGGCAACAACUGCAGCAGGCCGUAUUUACUGGUCUACGUAGAGAACGAGCUUCUGAUCUACGAGGCGUUCCCUUACGAUCAACAGCAGCCACAAAACAACCUGAAAGUCCGCUUCAAAAAAGUUCACCACAACAUUAACUUCAGAGAGAAGAAGUCCAAGCCUAAGAGGGAGAAGAAGGCUGAAGGUGGUGCUGAGGAGGCUUCAGCAGUGAAAAGCAGGAUCGCCAGGUUCAGAUACUUCGAGGACAUCUCCGGCUACUCGGGGGUGUUUAUCUGCGGCCCGUCCCCUCACUGGAUGCUCGUCACCUCGCGAGGAGCCCUGAGGCUUCAUCCCAUGACCAUCGACGGACCCAUCGACUCCUUCUCUCCCUUCCACAACAUCAACUGUCCCAAAGGCUUCCUCUACUUCAACAAGCAGGGUGAGCUGAGGAUCAGCGUUCUGCCCACCUACCUGUCCUACGAUGCCCCCUGGCCUGUCAGAAAGAUUCCACUCAGGUGCACCGUGCACUACGUCUCCUACCACGUUGAAUCUAAGGUGUACGCCGUGUGCACGAGUGUGAAGGAGCUGUGCACUCGCAUCCCCAGGAUGACUGGAGAGGAGAAGGAGUUUGAAGUCAUAGAAAGAGAUGAGCGUUACAUUAACCCUCAGCAGGAGAAGUUCUCCAUCCAGCUCAUCUCUCCAGUCAGCUGGGAGACCAUUCCUAACACACGGAUCGACCUGGAGGAGUGGGAACACGUCACCUGUAUGAAGACGGUCUCACUGAGGAGUCAGGAGACGGUGUCUGGACUGAAGGGCUACGUCGCAGCGGGGACCUGUGUGAUGCAGGGGGAGGAGGUCACCUGCAGGGGCAGGAUUCUGAUCCUGGAUGUGAUCGAGGUGGUCCCAGAGCCUGGCCAGCCCCUCACUAAGAACAAGUUCAAAGUUCUGUAUGAGAAGGAGCAGAAGGGACCGGUGACGGCUCUGUGUCACUGCCACGGAUACCUGGUGUCGGCCAUCGGACAGAAGAUCUUCCUGUGGGUCCUGAAAGACAACGAUCUGACGGGCAUGGCCUUCAUCGACACGCAGCUCUACAUCCACCAGAUGAUCAGCAUCAAGAACUUCAUCCUGGCAGCCGACCUGAUGAAGAGCAUCUGCCUGCUGCGCUACCAGGAGGAGAGCAAGACGCUGUCUCUGGUCAGCAGGGAUGCAAAACCCUUAGAGGUUUACAGCAUCGAGUUUAUGGUGGAUAACAACCAGCUGGGAUUUCUGGUGUCGGAUCGAGACAAGAACCUGUUUGUUUACAUGUAUCUACCUGAAGCUAAAGAGAGCUUCGGAGGCCUGCGCCUGCUGAGGCGAGCCGACUUCAACGUGGGCGCUCACGUCAACGCGUUGUGGCGGAUGCCAUGCAGAGGAGCGCUGGACUCUGCCAGCAAGAAGGCUCUGACCUGGGACAACAAACACAUCACGUGGUUCG